GUGAGUUCGAAUCUCUACGCUGCCACGUUUAUGCCCUCUUGUGUAUUCGGCGGUUUCGGUGUUCGACUGAAAUUCUCGACAUUUAAUUGCGGAUUCCUGCAUGUAAUCUUGCGUUCCCGAUUGCAGAAGGUCACGUGUAAACUUUACGAUGAGUACAGACAGUAUCGAGAAAUUGUACAAGAACUUCGGCAUCCUCGCGGAUGCUAAGGACAAAUUGGCGCAGCAUGAAAAGGAGUAUUUGGAAAUUUUGACAGCAGUUAAAGGAUCACCUAAAGAAAAACGGCUAGCAUCGCAAUUUAUUGCAAGAUUUUUCAAGCAUUUUCCAAAACUAGCAGAUCAAGCUAUAGAUGCCCAUUUGGAUUUAUGUGAAGAUGAAGACAUGGCUAUUCGAAAACAAGCUAUUAAAGAUUUACCGGCUCUUUGUAAAGACAAUAAAGAACAUACAGCAAGAAUUGCAGACAUUUUAGCGCAAUUAUUGCAAGCUGAGGAUUCUUCAGAAUUAUCAGUUGUACAUAACAGUAUUAUGUCACUUAUGAAGAGUGAUCCAAAAGGUACUUUAAGUGGAUUUUUCAGUCAAAUUAUUAAUGGUGAUGAUGGGACAAGAGAACGUUGCAUAAAAUUCUUAGCUACCAAACUGAAAGCUAUAGGACACGACGUUAUUACAAAGGAACCAGAAGAUUUAUUAAUUGGAGAAUGUAAAAAAGUAUUACAGGAUGUAACUGCUGAUGAGUUUCACAGUAUCAUGGAAAUCCUUGCUUGGACUAGACUAGGUUCUACUGUUACUGGUCAACAAGAAUUGAUUGACAUUACAAUAGAACAAGCUGAACUUGCCAUACCUUUCAAACAUACUGAUAUUGAACAGCGGAAUAGAUUGGUUCAAUGUAUUAAACAUGCUCUUCCAUUCUUUAGUUCGCAAAUAGAUUCGUCAAAAUUUGUUUCAUAUAUUUGUAUACAAGUAUUACCACAUCUCUCUUUGAUGACUUCUCCUGAUGGUAGAGACAUUCAAUUGGAACUAUUAAAAUUGCUUGCUGAAUUAACAGUGUUUUGCGGAAAUAUUGAAAAACCAGAGGAUAAAGUUCAACAACUUUAUAACACUCUCAUUACUUACAUGCCACUUCCUCCAGCUGCAGAGAUUACUGAUGUACCAAAGUUACAAUUUAGUCAUGUAGAAUGUUUGAUGUAUGCUUUUCAUAAAUUGUGUAAGCAAACUCCUGAAUUUCUGAUAAAAGAUCCAGAGCAGCUUAAAGAAUUUCGUUUAAGAUUACAAUACUUUGCAAGAGGCAUUCAAGGUUAUAUAAAAAAAUUACGUGAAGCUAUUAGUGGGAAGACAGAAGAAGAAUUGAAAUCUGAGGAAAAUCAAUUAAAGGUUGUUGCACUAAAGACAACUAAUAACAUCAAUACCUUAAUCAAAGAUCUAUUUCAUUCACCUCCUAGCUUUAAGAGCAUAAUACAUCUCUCAUGGAAAACGCCUUGCAAUGACAAGAAGAAUGAAAAGAAUUCUGCUCAGAAAAGACAUACGCCUAUUACAUUUGGAAACGACAGUGGUUCGAAUAAACGUAAUAAAGAAGAUAAAAGCAACAAAAGAGAAAUAUAUACACCUCCUAGUGGCAAAUACAGUUCAAACAUAUCAAAUUAUGGUCGUGGUAGAUUUAAAGGUAACAGACCUGGAGGAAGAGGUGGAUUCAGACCAAGAGGCCGUGGUCCAUGGCGAAAGAAUUUUUAUUAAUUAUAAAAUUAAAAUUCACUCAAAAAGAAAGAAAAUUGAAAGCAGCUAAGAUUGGAAUGAUAACAUAAGUGCUUAUCUCUGUUGAGAUGAACAUGAAAGUACUUUUAAAGUGACAUCACAAAAUAUCUUUCUCUACGAUUAUAAUCAAGAUUAUUUUGUCGAUAUCUAAACUCUUUGAAAAAUUGCAGAUAACAAAAAGAGGAAAAUCCAACUUUCCAAAUUUUUAUUAAUGUUUUUUUUAAACAUUGAGCAGAAAAUUUAAGAGAAACAAUUAUGAUUAUAUAAAUCUAUUUAAUUCUUAUAAUAUUAAUUCUGCAAUGAAAAUCCAAGACAUAAAGUUGCAAAAGAAUGCAAGAUAUGCACAUGGCAAACAAAUGUGACAAGAUUAAGAGAGAACACAGUAUUUAAUUUGAUGAAGAUGUGGAAUGAUGUAUCAGAAAAGGAAGAAAGAAGAAAUCGCAGCUUGAUGAAGAUGCAUGCAUAAAUUCAAACUACAUAAUCGAGACAUCGUAAAACAUCAUCAAUAAUUAUGGAUAGAGAAGCAUAUGUAAAUGGACUAGUGUUCUUUCUUCAUCAAAAACUUCAAGAGUGCAAAAAUUUAAUCUUCUAUAUAUCCAUUCCUAAAUUAGCUUUCCUAUCCUUCCAAACUUUUAUAUUUGUUGAUAUUUGUUAACAGGAUCAGUGUGACAAAGAAGAUCCAGUAGCAGUCCUGCAGAAAAGCAACGUAAUCGAAGAAACAUUAGAUAUAAUUUGUUGUUAAUAAAAAGUCAAUUUAUACAAAAAUAUAAAAUUAUACCAAAAAA